UAUUCCAAUAAAAAUAAAUUGGUUUUAUAAUUUUAAAUAUGGUUAAUUUUAUUUCUAAUAGGCGGCGUUACUAUUCCAUGCGAUUCACAUUAUAUCCGGCAGAUGGCGUUACAUCAAAAAACCUAAGUCACUAGCAGCCAACUUAAGUUCGGAGUCGUAUACUGCAGUUUUACCGUAGAAAACAGGCUUUUUGAUAUUUCGUUCGUUACUUUUCGUGAAUCAACUGAAAAAUGCAUAGGCAUAAUAAUAAUACGGAUUUUAAAAAUCGAGAAGAACAGCCAGCUGAAUUGGAGAGCCAGCUUAUUUUGAGACUACCACCGGAACCAUCCAGAAUUUUAAGAGAAACAUUACGUUCUGGUUUACCUCUUAAGGAUCGUUUGAGCAUUAAGCUAGAAAAUGACAUGAGGUAUGGAGAAGUGAGAUUUGACCAUUGGCUUCUUCAUGCGAAGGUGGUCGAUCUCCCAACAAUAGUGGAAGCCUUGAAAACAAUUGAUAACAAAAGUUUUUAUAAAACUGCAGACAUUUGCCAGAUGGUAAUAUGUAAAGAAGAGGACGAUCAAACUACCACGGAUGAAGAAUCUCCUGUGAGACAAAAGAAGAAGGACCCCAACAAAGUUGACAAGAAGUUCCUUUGGCCUCAUGGCAUAACUCCUCCAACUAAAAAUGUGAGAAGACGUCGGUUCCGCAAGACAUUGAAAAAGAAGUAUGUUGAAGCACCAGAAAUAGAGAAAGAAGUUAAGCGUCUGCUGAGAGUGGAUAAUGAUGCAGUUAAUGUAAAGUGGGAAGUCAUAUGUGAAGAUGAGGAUCAAACCAAACCAAAUAAAAUUUCUUCGUCUGGUAUAGUAAAAACCAAACGCGAGAAUAUCGAUGGAAGUACAUCACAAAGUGUUGAUGUUGCCGAGCAUGAUAUAUUUGGAGAAGCUGUCAGUGAUAGCGAAGAUGAUGAUGAGGAAGCAAAUAUUAAUGUCAUGGAAUUGGAUGAGAAUAGUCGUUUAUCUGGUGAUAGUCGAGUGUCUGAUUCAAACUCUAUGCAAGUUCGAUAUUCAGAACGAUCGGGCAAUAAUGUUUCUGUGAACAGUGGCCUCAUCACAGAAUUUAGCAAGGAAAUGUUCCAAGGUGAUGGAGAUGGUGAAACAGAUGCUGAUAAAUCUGUUAAUGAUCCAUCGAAGAUACCAAAAAUAGAACAGUUCCAUUCAGAAUAUAUUAUUCCAGACAGUUAUUCAGAAUCACAAUCUAUGUCCAUGCCAAAAGAUUCGUUGCAAGCGCGACUUGAAACAUUACACGCCGAAUUAGCAGAACUACGUCAACGACGACAACAGCAAGAGAUGGAGAUUGCUAAUAUCGAAAAUUUUAAAUUAAGACAACGAUUCCAGGAAAUAUUAGAUAAUUUGGUUAGCCAAGAAAUGCAGAAAGAACAAGAGAUUCAAGAUUUGGAACUGGAAUAAUGAACCUAUGGACUUAAUAAAUAUCAAUAUCUAUAUAUAAAUAUCUUACUACAAUAAACUUACACAUUAACAGUAUAAUUUUAAUCUAAUAAUUGCAAUCAUUUAUAAUAAUUAUAUUCUUCGUUGAAA